AUUUUGCUCACCAAACACGCCCAUAAAUUUUCCAUAAAUCGCAACGAGGUGUUAGGGUUUCAGCAAUUACCAUCUCGAAAGGCAGAACCUUCAGCAACUCAACGAAUCGCCACGGCGACUUGAUUGAGAUUGAUUGCAUGAUAUCCAACAACACACCCAAAAACUGCUUCAAUUUCCCCAAGAAAUCAGUUGUCACCGCUCCAAUCGAUAAGUAAGCCGCCGGGAAGUGGAAAGUCGGAGGUGUUUAUAGUUAUCAAUGGCGGAUUCAGCCACCGCGCCGGAAACAGCUGCCGCAGCUGAUGCCAAACCUGCUUCACAUCCGCCGGAACCCGAUGCCCGCCUCGCCCAAUCAGAUCCAUCUUCCGCAGCAAACCCCAAAUUACCCAACCCUAAUCCCGGCGCGCCUCAGCCGCCGUCGGUUGUAACCCCUCCUCCGCUCACUGUCCCGCUUUCUUUCCGGCCAGCUGCGCCGCCUGUUCCGUUGCCCUCGUCAGGUACCCCGGCGCAAUUCUCGCCUGUUGCGUUCCAGCCUCCUGGGGUGCCUCCUCCGGGAGUGGUGGCUUCUGCUCCGGCGGUUGGGAGUGGCCCAUCGCCGCAGGUUUCUGCGGCCCCCGUGCAUCCUGUGAUGGGGCCGCCAUAUGCCGUAGCUGGUCAGCCUAUGAGAUUUGCCCAUCCGAUGCCAAAUGGCUAUCUUGCUAUGCCUCCGGGUAUUCCCCAAGGUGCAAUGCCUCCACCGGGUGUUCUUCGAUAUCCUUCUCCUUUUGCGCCAAUGAUUCGACCGGGAUUUCCACCACGACCAGUGGUUGGUGUAAUGCCAUCAAUGACACGCCCGCCACUUGUCGGAAUUCGGGGUCCACUUAUGCCUGCUGUCGUUAGGCCUCCUUCUGUUCCAACCGUUACAUCUGCAGAGACACCACAGACAACUGUGUAUGUUGGGAAGAUACCAUCAUCGGUGGAGAAUGAUUUCAUGCUGUCUCUACUGAAACUUUGUGGGCCAGUGAAGAAUUGGAAACGUCCUCAAGAUCCCACAGGAACUUUGAAGGGUUUUGGAUUUUGCGAAUUCGAAUCUGCUGAAGGAGUUCUUCGGGCCCUGCGACUACUUAACAAACUUAGGAUAGAUGGACAGGAAUUAAUGUUGAAUGUUAAUCAAGCAGCUCGAGAAUAUCUCAAACGUUACGUGAAGAAAAAAGUUGAGAGUUCUAAGAACAUCAAAGAAUCAACUUCUGAAAGUUCUCAGAAAGAGGAAGAUAAUGCAUCAGGUGCUAACAAUGAAACAUCAAAGCCCUCUGAUGAAAAUUCGAAGCCUUCUUCAGAUGAAAAGAAACAGGAUGAAAAUGAACUGAAUACUGAAAACCCCGAUGCUAAUAAUUUUGGCCUUGUAACUGAUGAAGACAAAGGAACAGACUCUCAAGCUCUUGAUAAGAUUACUGAAAUGAUAGAAGAGAGGUUGAGGAACAAACCACUGCCACCUCCACCCCCUCAAAGACCUGCUGAGGAGCCUGAUAACUCAACAUCAGAACAGCAUUCUGCUUCAAGGGAAAAGGAAUCGGAGGAAGAUGACAGAAAAAAUGAUUCGGACGAGAGAAUUGAAGACGAGAAGACUGCUGAAAGUAAACCUGCAAGUGAGCACGACAAGCUGGAAUCAGGUUCACCUGAUCGGAGUAGAAGGCAUGACAGGGGCAGAGACCGUGACCGGGAUCAGAGACGAGAAAAGGAAAGGGAACUUGAAAGAUAUGAGAGAGAACGGGAGCAAGAACGUGCUAAGAGGGAGAAGGAGAGAGAGUAUAGGAGUCGGGAAGAUGAGCGCCGGUUCAAGGCACGAGAAAAAGAGUGGGAGGCUCGGGAAAGAGAGAGAGAGCAUUGGCGAAAGAGAGAGCGUGAAAGGGAGAAAGAGAAGGCUCAAGAAAGGAAGUGGGAAAUUAUGGACCAAGAGCGUGAUGAUGAAGACGGCUAUGGAAAAAAGAGGAAAUACAAGACUAGUGAUGAAGAGAGGAAAAGGAGACAAAGGGAGAAGGAAGAGGACCUGGCAGACAGAUUGAGAGAAGAGGAAGAGAUUGAAGAAGCUAAAAUAAAGGCUGCUGAGGAAGAGCAAAGGAAGAAAGAACUUGAGGCACUCAAAUCUUCGAUGAGUCCACCUGCUAAUGGACAGGAUAACGUUUCGCCAAAUGAAACCAAUGCUGAAAACCAGGACACAGCUGAUCUGACUUUAAAUCACAAACCAAACCAUGGGACCUAUGAAGGUGAAGGGGCUUUACGGAAUGGAAUUAAUGAUGAAGCUGUUGUACCAUCCAAUUCAGUGUCAGAUUCACGGCAAAAUAGCAAUAUGCCCACUAGGAAAUUGGGGUUUGGUCUUUCCGGGUCUGGAAAGCGAGCUGCAGUCCCUUCUGUUUUUAAUGAAGAUGAAGAUGAGGAUGCACAAAAGGAGAAAAAGAUGAGGCCUCUUGUUCCGAUUGAUUACUCAACUGAGGAACAGCAGUCGGUUCAAACUUCUAUGUUUGAAGGUUCAUCUGCCAAUAUGGUUGCUGCAGCAGAAUUUGCCAAGCGUAUUUCAACAGUGAAUGCUAAAGAAGAUAGGUCUGAUGUGGAGAAAGAGAAAAACAGGCGUUCUCAUGAGAGAUCGGGCCAGCGAGAUCGUGAUAAACAUGAAGAAGAGACUUAUAGCACACGCGGAGAGAGCAGAAGGGAUUAUUCAGAGAGAGAAAGGUCAAACAAAAUGAAGGCACCAGAAAACCCAAAGCUUUUGGAUGCUAAGCAGUUGAUUGACACAAUUCCAAAGACCAGAGAUGAGUUGUUUUCGUAUGAGAUAAAUUGGUCAAUCUACGAUCAGAAUGCAUUGCAUGAGAGACUUAGACCUUGGAUAUCAAAGAAGAUUACGGACUAUUUGGGAGAGGAGGAGGUUACACUUGUGGAAUACAUUGUAUCGAGCACACAAGAACAUGUUGAUGCCGGCGAAAUGCUUGAGAGGCUCCAAUCUAUUCUAGACGAUGAAGCUGAGAUGUUUGUGCUUAAGAUGUGGAGAAUGCUUAUCUUUGAGAUCAAGAAAGUCGAGACUGGCCUUGCCCCAAAGCCGAGAGCCUGAUGAUUAAUCAAUCAAUUGUUUGUUGAAACAAUGGAAAUUGUUUCCAUUGCCCUCAACAUCUUGCUUACCUUAUUUCUCUCUAUGCCGAGGGAGAUUUGAUUGGAACCAAGUGAACUUUUGCAACUGACAUACAAUAUCUUAAGUUUUGGUGCAGUUCCGGAUAUAUAAUUUGUAGAAUUUUGAUGUAUUUUCUUCAUGUGCCGAGGGAGGAUUCGAUUACUUUACUUUGCAUUAUUCUUGAAUGGUAAAAGGUUAAAGAUAGUUCCCAAACGUUUCUUCGCAAUGGUUGUUUCACUUUUAUAAUUCGCUUGGGAUGUAGCUCUGCUUAUGUAUUUAAUGUGAUAUUUUGUCUUAAAAAUAAAAUUUCCAAUAGAGUCAAUAGAGUUUUUUGGUUUAUGUUUA